AUGACUUAUUCUAGUGAGUAUCAUGUAUUUUUUCCUUUUCAUUUCAUUUCAGAAUUUAAUGAUGCAAAUACCUUGUGCAACUACCUUCAAGCAAUUAGUGACCUAUUAGGGGGAACUACCUCUUAUCUAAUCAGUGAUGUAACGGAAGGUGAUUCUGAGGAUGAAGAUGAUGACUCGAUGGACUCCUCAAAACCAGUUGAUCCUGUUUUAUGUAAGCUAGCAGAGGAGUGUGUAUCCGUGGUGAACAGCACAGAACAUGUAGGAUGGUUGCUAAGUCAGGUAGAGCGGCAGGUAUCCCCCGAAGUAUUACUCCACUUCUCCCGUCUCACUCAUCACCUCCUGACAGCUCCAUCUCUACAGCUUCAUCAGUGCAGAUUACUGUACAGUGUUGUUGCCCGGCGUCAGCUGUUACGGUCCAUGUGGAUGGUAUUAUCUAGUCUCCAGCAGGGAGCUCCUCUGCCAGGAAAUAUAAGCACUAUGACUUCAAGUUUUGGUGUGCGAGGAGCACCAUUAUUACAGGUGUUAGCACGUGGUUCUCCCCUGGCUCCAUAUGAACGAGAUACCCUGGUACCCCUCCUGGCUACGUUUUGUGCUACACUUACAGCAGUUCUCUCAACUCUUCAUGACUCUGAGUUAUUAGGGGAUCAAGAUGAGACAGGAGGGCGUCGAAACUCGAAAGUCUCUCAAAACCAGUUACCAUUUACCGUGGAGGAGCUUGUGAAGAUGUCAGCAAGUCUUCGAGAUGUUUGUGUUGGUCUAGUUGAGCUGGCACAUCCAGACAUGAGAAUGUCAGCUAUCACUGACACUUCAUACAAGACUAUGUGGGCUCAUUGUUUCAAGGUGUGUGUUGGAGUGGUGCGCCAGAUACACCUUCGUGACACCAGACGGAUGUUCUGUCCAGAAGGUCAUUGGCUUAGUUCUCGUGUAUCAUUACCUCUAGGUAACUGCCAAACAGCGCCGUUUGUUCCACGCACUAGCCGGAGACAGAGGCGAUUGUUCAUGCCUCAGAGAUGGCUUACAAGAGAUGAACUAGAAACUGAAGGUCCACCGUUAUCUAUCACAGAGCAGCGUCGAGCCACCAUUUUACAGGAACUUCCAUUUGUCAUUCCCUUUGAGUCGCGCACACAAGUCUUCAGCACCUUGGUUGCUAGUAACAGAAGCAUGAGUCAGAUGCGUGCAGAUUUUAAUGAAGGACCAAUGAUAAGUGUAUCUAUAAGAAGAACUCAUAUCUAUGAAGAUGCCUUUGAGAAAUUGUCCCCAAGUAAUGAACCCAAUCUCCGAUUGCGCAUGAGAGUUCGUCUCAUGAAUGCUGUAGGUUUAGAUGAAGUUGGAAUUGAUGGAGGUGGAAUAUUCCGAGAAUUUUUAUCUGAAUUGCUAAAGACUGCCUUUGACCCAACUCGAGGCUUCUUUCUUUUGACCCGAGAGAACACUCUUUACCCAAACCCUGGAGCACAUCAUAUAGCUGAAGACUACCAGACACAUUAUUAUUUUAUUGGACGAAUGUUAGGGAAGGCACUGUAUGAAAAUUUACUAGUGGAAGUCCCAUUAGCGGGAUACUUUGUGUCCAAGCUUUUGGGACGAUCAUCAUCAUCAGUUGAGUUCCAUCAUCUGGACUCCCUUGACCCCGAGCUUUGUCGUAACUUGCUAUACCUCAAGACCUACCAGGGAGAUGUACAGGAUCUGGGCUUGGAUUUUACAGUUCUCAACUCUGAUCUUGGCCAGAACACUAUAGAAGAAUUAAUUCCAAAUGGUUCUAAUAUAGCAGUCACAAAUGAAAACCGAAUUGAAUACAUCUAUCGAAUGGCCGACUACAAGCUUAACAAGCAAAUUGCAAAGCAGAGUCAAGCUUUUAAGAAAGGAGUAGCAGAUGUUGUACCUCUGGAGUGGCUGCAGAUGUUUGACUGGAGGGAACUUCAAAUGCUUAUUUCUGGAGCCUCAGUUCCAAUUGACCUGGAAGACCUCAUGGAUAAUACCAGAUAUGGAGGAACGUAUAACGCUGAGCACCCAACCAUACAAGCAUUCUGGCAGGUUCUCCGAGGAUUUGAUGAAACUCAAAAACGACAACUUCUCAAAUUUGUUACCAGUUGUUCUCAUCCUCCUCUUCUGGGGUUUAAGGACUUUGAAAAAACUAUAACUGACAUGCCCAUGCAUUCUGUGUCAUGCCCAGACUUGUAG